GUCAUUGAUAUUGACUACAACUUACCUAUUUAGAGUUUCCUUUACAUUGCAAUGUGUAAACAUAAAGCAAAACAUGACUAAUCAUUCAAGGGAUGUACAUUUUGCACAUGAACUUUAUUUCACUGGAUAAUAAUAAUGUGAAAAUAAAGAUAAACAACAUUGUGAUAGCAAAGCAAAUGUAUUCUUUUGUAAAGGCAAUAUUUUGUGUUAUUUUAAUUUGUUUGAUAUUGAUAUUCUUGUUUUUUGCUGGGUUAGUAUGGUCAUGCUUCAGAUUGUGCUUGAAAAGAAAAAUGAAAUCUGACUAACAAAGGAUGAAUUGUUAAUUUUCACACUGGAUAAUAUAUUACAGUCAGCUUGGCUGCGAUCAGUUGAAUACUGAAAGAGUAGAUGUUUUAAUUUUGGACUGUGAUAUUGACAUUGACUGCAACUUAACUACUCAAAGUUUUCUACUACCUGCGUUGACUGCCAACUUCUGCCAAGUCUGUGUGAUUACUUUGUCUGAAGCAGAGUCAUUUCAUUUAUCAGUAUGCAUGCAUCAUUUAAAUAUUUACUUUGGAUUCUAACCAACUGAAAAUGUGACAAGUAGGCUACCCUGAGGAAAUGAGCCAAGGUACAAGUUGCAGCUGGCCUAUACUCUAUUUUGUAUAAUACAUGAAAAACCAUGUUUAAAAAACAUUAAAAAAAUAAAAAAUAAAAACUGAUGUAGAUGGUUUGCUGAUAAAUUGACAAGCCAGCAGGUUAUGCUGUUUAGCCAUUUGCAGUAGUUUUUCUAAGUAGUUUAAAUAAAAUACCAGCUUUUUUUUUUUAAUGCUGCUUUUCAGAAGAUCACACACAUAAGCAUUGUAGAUAACAUGACAAAACCUGCCAGUCACACCAUCAAAUAAUCCUGCAGUUUUCAAAGCUCUGAUUUUCCAGACAUUUAGUUUUGUCACUGAUAUUUGAUUGAGAGUUAAACACCACUGACUACCUUUAUUGCACUUUGUACAUUCUUAUCACCUGUGCCUUUAAGAAUAUGAAAUCGCAGUGCCAAAGUCCUGCUCACUCUGGACCCUGGAAGGACUAGCACAUGUUUUGCUCUCUGGCAAAGCAGAAAGACUGAAAAAGAAUUACACUGACUGCCAAUAAAGAAUAAAAAUGAAUUGGCCUUGGGUCUGGAUCACUGCCUGCUUGCUCGGUCCAGCUGUGGUUUCUGGUGGGAAAAUACUUGUUUUUCCAGUGGAUGGGAGCCACUGGGUGAACAUGAAAGUCAUUAUAGAGGAACUACACUUAAGGGGCCACCAGGUUUCUGUUGUGAGAUCAUCAAACAGCUGGUAUAUCAAGGAAAGCUCCCCGUUCUAUACUUCAGUUACUCUUGAUAUGGAUUCUGGAUUUGAUGAAGAAUUUAUAACUAUGUUUGUGGCCCAGUUGCUGCAAAUACAGAGGGAAGGGAAGUCUUUCUGGACACGUUUUAAACUGGAAAUGGAACAAGCACAAAAGGCCUCUGAGAUGAAUGAGAAAACUUGCAAAAUGCUGGAGAUGCUUUUUGAAGACAAAGAUCUGGUACAGUCACUACGGGAUGCCAAGUAUGACCUUGUCCUCACAGACCCUGCAAUACCAGGGGGUGUUAUACUAGCCCACUACCUCAGGUUGCCUCUUGUUUUCAAUGUCAGAUGGACUAGUCAUGGUGAAGGCCAUUUUUCUAUUGCACCUUCUCCUCUUUCUUAUGUUCCAAUGACAGGGACCGAGCUAUCAGAUAAAAUGAGCUUUCUUGAGAGACUUUUUAACGUCAUGAUUUUUGGCUUUACAGAGUUUCAAAUUGCACAGUUUAUUGUACCAUAUUAUGUUGGCUUGAUAAAGAAAUAUUUAGGUCCAGAUGUAGACUACUUCUCCCUGUUCCAAGCAGCAGACCUGUGGCUGAUGAGAGUGGACUUUGUGUUUGAGUUCCCUCGUCCCACCAUGCCUAAUGUUAUCUAUAUGGGAGGCUUCCAGUGUAAACCUGCAAAACCUCUGCCUCAACACCUGGAGGAUUUUGUGCAGAGCUCUGGAGAACAUGGAGUCAUCCUCAUGUCUCUGGGGACUUUGAUUGGAGAGCUUCCCCAUGACUUGGCAGAUGAGAUCGCUGCAGCUUUUGCUAAAUUACCUCAGAAAGUCAUCUGGAGGCACAAAGGUGACAGACCAACCACUCUGGGCAACAAUACUUUACUAGUCGACUGGAUGCCACAGAAUGACCUUUUAGGACACCCUAAGAUUAAACUAUUUGUGGCUCAUGGGGGAACAAAUGGAGUUCAAGAGGCAAUCUACCAUGGUGUUCCCAUACUAGGACUUCCACUGAUUUUUGAUCAACGCGAUAAUCUAGUCAGAAUUGAAGCCAGAGGAGCAGGGAAGAUAAUUGAUAUUUUCACUAUGAAUGAAGACAUCUUCUUUCAGGGUGUUCAGGAAGUCCUGAAUGAGCCCUCCUACAUCAUGAACAUGCAGAGACUCUCCCGGCUGCACAGAGAUCAGCCAAUGAAGCCACUGGACACCGCCCUCUUCUGGAUAGAGUUUGUCAUGAGACACAAAGGUGCAGCUCACCUGAGAACAGAGUCCUACAAAAUGCCCUGGUAUUCCUACCACUCCGUGGAUGUCAUGCUAAUCUUAGCAGGAGUUGUGCUGAUUAUUCUGGGCACCUUUGCAGCCUUAAUAAGGUGUUUAUGCUCUAAACUCUGUCUGAGAACAAAGGAUAAAUACGAUUUAAAAAAGUUAAAGUAGUAAUGAAACUGAAAUUUAAACCACAAAUAUGCUUCUUAUAUGAUCAUUAAAUGGGCGAAAUUAUUGGCCUAGCUAUUUGUACUGUGAUUUUGCAGGGAUAAUAUUAAUAGUUGCAAAAGUUCUAGUGUUGCUCUGAGUCAUGUAAAAAAGACAACAAAUCUAAAUAAUUCAGUAAACUAUUGUUAUUUCACAUACCCAGUACUCUGGGUAUACAAACAUUUCAUACCUUUGACAUCAAUUUUUUCUUUACAAUUUGGCGAGAACAUUAUUUUUUAGAAACAUUCUGUUCAUAGUUACACAUCCACAUUCAAUACACGUUGAACAUGUGACCAAUUAAUAUAUGAAAACUCAGAUCAGAGCCCACACAGAAAGGGCUUUGGGAGAAAAUGUACAGUACUAUUAUUGCUUGGGGGUAAUAAAAUAAAAACUUUCAAAAUAAGUCUCUUACUGUUCAUGAUCUUGUCCUUUUUAAUUGGUACAGUGUAAGGAACCUUUGCAUAUGUAAAGGCAUUUCAAAUUCACUCUUACACUGUAGCACAGUAGGUUACAUUUUUUAAUGACUACAUUCUUUCCUCCACAUUGCCACAGAGUGAAUCCACAGUAUUGAGGAUUUGUGUUCUUAUCUCGUCCGAGCCAAAUGUAGGCUUAUGUGGAUUUAAACAUAUCCAAUUUCACACACAAAGAUUAAAGUGACACACCAGGGUUGUAGUGGGCCCUUAUAUAUGCUUAAAACCUUUGCUGUAUAUAAGCCUGAAUGUGGUUAGCCCAAGCGUGCUUUUUUAUGCAACACAUCAGUAGGACACUAAGCAAACUGAUCUUUACUUAACCAGGAUGGGCUUUUCGGUGUAUUACUAGAGCGUAAUUUACCUUUAAUAUAUAGCAUUUGAGAAAACGAAGCAAUCUUUGCCUUUACAUAAAAAAGGAACAACUGGUGAGUUGCAUUAUUUGAUAGAUACUUUGGACCUGGAGAGUAAUACAGUAUCUGCAUCUUAAGAGAGCUGCCAUUGUGCUUAAGUCUCCCUAUCUCAUAGUUCCUAAAGCUGUGCCUUAAUACUUGUGAGUAGAUAUGUCUCUGAAGAUGUUUAUGGGUGAAAUUUACCAUAACAAAAAAAAAUCAAAAAAAAAAAAAAAAAAAAAAAAAACUAUUAUAGCUGAAGCAUUUGCCAAAUUACCACCAAAGGCCAUGAGUGAUAGACAAGCU